CUUGUCUUCUAUCUCCCCUUCCCUUUCAGCAGCAGCAGCAGCAGCAGAGGCGGCAGUCAGAGUCGCACUGGCAGUUAGAAAGGAUCUUUAGGAGGAAAGGAGAAAGGCUGCAUAAUAUUCGCCUGAGAUGAGAAAUAGAUGCGAUGCACCCUGAGCGCGUCUGAGCGCUGGAAGCGCAGGGAAAGGCAGCAGAGGCCGGGCUGCCGGGGAGACACACAGGGAAGGGGAGUGACCACAGGACAUUCAUCAGACGCCUGCCCGAUGCAUCCAGCACUUCAACCCCCACCUACAAGGAAAACAACAUUGCGACCCUGCUGAGGGGUUGAUGCCAGAAACACAAAUUAAAACUUAACCUUUUUUUUGUUUUUUAAAUUUUCAAUUCUGCCUUCAGCUGCUAAAUUGUGAAACAAGGGAGGGACACUGAGAGAAAAGCCUAAUGCUAAUAGUAUUAAUAAAAAAGCCGAAAAGCCCGACUCCGAGUGCAGCGAUCGAGCCCCUUUAUUGCAGCAUGUGCAAAACUCUCUGUCGCUAAACCAUGAGCCGCAGCUUCCACUUCUCCGUGCGAUUCCAGCGCUCACAGCAGAUCGAUGCGACUGUAACCUCUCGGCGUUUGGUGUCACCCAUGCAGGUUAAAUGAAUACCUGACGAAAGCGACCACGUUGCACGCCGCUGACAUUUGAUAGCUGAGAGGAAAAGUGGUUUUAAUGAAAAGCAACCUUUGGAAUUCCUGCCUGUGAGAAAAAAAAAUCCAAUUCUGCUUUUUUUGUGUGUGUGCUGUGAGCGAGAAAUGAUCAGUAGCAGCAGUGUUUAUGCAAACUGGACUCCAAAAUAGAGAGCGAAUGAUCUACAUCUAAAAUUUACUAAUGAUACCUUUCAUGGAUGUAAAGAUACAAUGACCCUAUUACCAGAUGGGCCAGCCCUACUGAGAUUUGCAUCAGAAAGAGACUACCCUGGCUUGAAGAUGCAGUGGACCCCGGAGCAUGCGCAGUGGCCGGAACAACACUUCGAUAUAACAUCAACCACGCGGUCACCAGCUCAUAAAGUUGAGGCCUACAGAGGUCAUUUGCAACGCACCUAUCAGUAUGCUUGGGCCAAUGAUGACAUCUCUGCUCUGACUGCUUCAAAUUUGCUCAAGAAAUAUGCAGAGAAAUACUCUGGAAUUUUAGAUGGCUCCAUGGAUAGACCCUUGCUGAGUAACUAUACAGAAGUUCAGUCGGGUCUAGUUAAUGGUCGAAAGAAUGAAAGUGAACCUUGGCAAAGCUCCUUAAACUCUGAAGGUGUUUAUCCCAUGAACUGUGUUGCUGAUGUUAUUACAGCUAGCAAAGGUGGAGUGGGGUCAGCUAUCCCUCCAUCAGAUGUUUCGGCCAGCAUAGGCAGUUCUCCUGGGGUGGCAAGUAACCUGUCAGAACCUAGUUAUUCUAGCAGUACAUGUGGCAGCCACACCGUACCUAGUCUUCAUUCAGGACUACCAUCUCAGGAAUAUGCCACAGGUUAUAAUGGUUCUUACCUGCAUACAAGUUACAGCAGCCAGUCAGCAUCUGCACUCCCAUCACCUCAUCCAUCGCCCCUUCAUAGCUCUGGACUUUUACAGCCUCCACCCCCACCACCUCCCCCUUCAGCCCUGGUACCUGGCUACAAUGGGACAUCCAGUAUACCCAGUUAUAAUUACCCACCUGCUAGCUAUCCACCUCAGUCUGCAGUUGGAUCAGGUUACAGUCCUGGCAGUGCACCUCCACCUUCUGCUUACCUACCGUCAGGUAUUCCUGCUCCAACUCCUUUGCCUCCCACGACGGUCCCAGGCUACAGCUAUCAGAGUCAUGGUUUAACUCCAAUAGCACCAUCUGUUGUAUCUAAUAACUCAGCUAGUUCACUAAAAAGAAAAGCAUUCUAUAUGGCAGGACAAGGGGACAUUGAAUCCAGUUAUGGCAAUUACAGCUAUGGUCAACAGAGAUCAUCACACAGUCCUAUGUACAGAAUGCCUGACAGCAGUAUUACAAACUCAAAUAGGGGAAAUGGGUUUGAUCGAAGUGCUGAGACCGGAUCUUUAGCAUUUAAGCCAACAAAGCAGUUAGUGCCCUCUGAUCAACAAAGGAAAUUCAACAACCAGUCCACAAGAGCUUUAACUCCACCUUCAUAUAGCUCUACCAAGAAUUCAAGAUCAAGUGAUUCUUUUGGGAAAUAUAAUUCUUCUGCUCUUAAUGAACAUAGUGAUGAGCAUCGACUAAUCCCACAUACGAUGCAAGGCCCUGGACUUCAUACAGCUACCUCAUCCAACCACUCUGUGGACGACCAGCUGAAGAAUACUGACUCUCACCUGAUUGACCUUGUAACUAAUGAGAUUAUCAACCAGGGGCAUCCUGUAGACUGGGAUGAAAUUGCUGGCCUUGAUUUAGUAAAGGCUUUUAUAAAGGAAGAGGUUUUAUGGCCUGUAAUACGAUCUGAUGCAUUUAGUGGGCUUACUGCCUUGCCUCGGAGCAUUCUUUUAUUUGGACCACGGGGGACUGGUAAAACAUUAUUGGGCAGAUGUAUAGCUAGUCAGCUUGGUGCCACUUUCUUUAAAAUUUCUGCCUCUAAUCUUGUGACAAAAUGGAUAACCGAAGGAGAAAAAAUUGUCCAUGCAUCCUUUCUUGUUGCAAGGUGUCGACAACCAUCAGUGAUCUUUGUUAGUGACAUUGAUAUGCUUCUCUCGUCCCAAGUUAAUGAAGAACACAGUCCAAUAAGUCGGAUGAGAACAGAGUUUUUAAUGCAGCUAGACACUGUUCUGUCUUCUGCUGAGGACCAAAUAGUUGUAAUUUGUGCCACAAGUAAACCAGAACAAAUAGAUGAAUCUCUACGGAGAUAUUUCAUGAAGAGACUUUUAAUUCCACUUCCAGACAGCACAGCCAGACACCAGAUAAUAAUACAACUGCUCUCACAGCACAAUUACUGUCUCAAUGACAAAGAGGUUGCACUCCUAGUUCAGCGCACAGAGGGUUUUUCGGGACUAGAUGUGGCUCGAUUGUGUCAGGAAGCUGUGGUAGGUCCCCUCCAUGCCAUACCACCCUCAGACCUUUCAGCCAUUAUGCCUAACCAGUUGAGGCCUGUGACAUAUCAAGACUUUGAAAAUGUAUUCUGCAAGAUUCAGCCUAGCAUAUCUCAAAAAGAACUUGAUACAUAUAUUGAAUGGAACAAAAUGUUUGGUUGCAGUCAGUGAUAUCCCUUAAACUUUGCAUUGAAUGUUGUGGCACAUGAACAUGGGCAACAGAGGGAAUGCAAACCCUUUCUGCUAGUGUUCAAAUUGUAAAUGGUACUUGGACAUCCACAAUACCUUUGCAUCUGAAGAGCCAGGUUUGACUUGAAUCAAAAGUGCAUCAAAUAUCUGUGCUUGGAAAUUAAAAGCAUAUGGCCGAGAGCACAAGUCGAUACCUAGGUCUGUUCAAGCUAGUCAACGCUCACCAAGAAGCAAGGUUAAAGUGGGUUGAUUCUGGAAGGACAUGAACCUUAUGUGUUGAUUCCAUUCUGCUGUUCUUGAGAUUUAGUUGCUGUCAAGUGCCUGAAGUGGUGCUUUAUUUUUUUGUUUGCCUCACAAUUACAUUGGUGGCAUGUGCUAAUAUAAAGAGCUUUAACUUCAAACAUUGCUGGACUAGAGAUGAACGAUUGUGUUGAUAGACAGAGAGCCAGAUUUUUGCCAUUUUAUGAGCAACAGUAUUCCUCAGACCUGUCUGUUCUGCAGAACAGUAAAACAGGAAAACCACGAUCUGGACCUUAAUUUCUGCAGUUCAUUUCUUUUAAUGUUCUGUCUGCAAAAAACAAAAAAAAAAAAAGAGAAAAAAAAAAACUCAGGAAAGUGAUUGCUUUGUACAGUACCUCAAAGGAAUGUGUUAAAAGCACUAUGUACUGCUGAGAGAUAAAUGAUAGGCAUUCAUGUUACUUUAUAUUAAAAUAUAUGUUUACCUCAACAGUUGGAAAGUGGCAUGGAAAAUAUCUUUUGAAUGUAUUGGGUUGAUUCAUAUGAAAAAUGGUGGAAGUCUUGCCAGAGCAAUUUGUAACAAAUUAACUCCCUCUGUAAUGAUGUAUUAUUUUAUAACCUUUCUAAUCAUGUUCAUAAGGUGAAAGUAUUCUUUACAUUUCAGUAUUUAUUAUAUAUUACAAUGGGAAGUAAACACAUGCCACUGAUA